GUGUACGUCGCGACGGUUUGCCGUGAUCACGUUGGGCGCUGUUAGGCCGACGUCGCCACAGUUUCGCGUUUUCCGCCCUCGCUCGGUAGCCAACGUCGUCGUCGUUCAUCAUACAUGUCGGCAACAGACGUGAUAUAAUAACAUUUUAUCGUUAUAUUCUGCUAUCAUUGUUGUUGUUAUCGUGUACAAUAUUAUUGUUACAUGUAGGCGACGGAGACGAGAUUUUUAGAACGAUUUUACAUUUCCCCCUCCCCACGUUUUUUCUCGACCGAAAAUUUAUCACCUAUAUUUUAACGGGGUGAACAAGCGGUGAGUGGGUGGGCAGCUGAGUUCGAUGCGUUGGCCACCGUCACCGCCGCGGUAACAACGGUCGAUAGACACGCCAUGCCGGCCACGGGCACAGCCGCGCUGGUGGCCACGGCGUUGGUGCUGUUGCAGUGCGCGGCCACUGGUUGUGAUGGACAGAGUGCGGCCAUACGGCACGGCCGGUCGCGGAAUGCCAGGAACCUGCGGCCGAACGUACAGGCGCCGGCCAAACCGCAGCAGACGGCCACGGCCACCGCCAGCGAACUGGACAACGACAUCGUCAACCGGCUUCUGCGGAUCGUCGAGUCGCAACAACAGUUGGGCGACAACUGCACUGCCGGUACGCACCUCAACCUCGGCGAGGGCGUCGUUGACCGGUACGCUCAGGAACGGUUUCGUGUGGAAGCCGAUGUGGCUGUUAACAGAGCCAACAUGUUGACAAGGCUUUGGAAGUACGCCGGUCCCGAAGUCAUGGACUCGGAAUAUCUGCUGCAUGCCGGCGUGAUUUCCAUGGUGGAGUUCGACGAUGACAUAUUCGCGGCGGGAAAUUGUUACGAUCAACACCAGUACAAGCACUACCAGCUGUUCUGCCCAUACGCGUACCGGCUGCCCAAGGGCGAGGGCAUACUGGCCAAGGACUUGGCCGUCGAGUACAAGUACUUGACCAACACAAGUGAAUGGUUUUUCAUCGCCCGGAAGACUGCUGAAUCGGUCAUAAAACGCAACAAUCAGUAUAAACACGCGAUCAACACAUAUACUUGGAAUCAAACAAGUCAUACAAAAAGUUUUCCUGAUGACAUCCUAGCUGUGUCGUAUGAAGAUGGCAAGUGGAGCAAACCAUAUUAUGAUUGUGGAGGUGGAAAUAUAUGGAUGCUUACAUAUACCGUACCAUUUUUUGCUUUCAAGGACGCCAAGUAUUUUUUCAAGGGGACCAGCGGAAUCGAUAUCGACUUAAGGAGAGUGGAUAUCGACCAAUGUAGUUUACCCGAAGGCAGUACAAAGCUGAACAUUUUUGCCUCUUCGAAUAAAUGUAAAAUAGACACGACUCAAUGUGUCUCGUUGGCUGGAUUUGGCUUUCGUCGUGGAAGUUAUAAGUGUGUGUGCCGUAAAGGAUAUUAUUUUCCAAAUAUCACAAGCACCGAAAAGUCGUUCAAUGGCAUCGUAGUAGAAGAAGAGUACGAAAAGCUUAUGUUGGGAAAACCAAAUACGUACAACAUCGAAAUGAACUUUCAAUGUAAAAAAUGUGCCGAAGGUUGUGAUGAUUGCGUCGAUUUUAGUCCAUGCAUCGCCACCUACGACAUUAUACUUCGAAUCACAAUACUAUUAUUAACGCUCCUAGUGAUCGGAUUUCUACCAAUGGUAGCUAUAUUUACGUUCAAAUAUAGUGAUCUCAAGAUUGUAAAAGCCGCUAGUCCAGUGUUGUUACAGAUUAUAAUCUUGGGAGCUUUUUUUAUGUAUACAACGAUCAUCGUCAUGUACCCAACACCAAAUCUAGUAACGUGCACUGCACGGUUUUGGCUGAGGGAAAUUGGAUUUUCCCUCACAUACGGCGCACUCAUGUUGAAAACUUGGAGAGUAUCUCAAGUGUUCAAAGUGAACUCAGCGAAGACCGUUCGCAUCACUGACAAGCAGCUAAUUAAACUUCUGCUUCUAAUGAUCGCAUUUGUCACCGUAAUACUGUUCAUCAGGACCAUGGUGUCUCCACCACACACGAUUGUCGGUCGCACAGCAGACAACCUUAAAACAGAUAUUUGUCCCACAGAUUGGUGGGAUCACUCGUUUUCUAUUCUUGAAGUUUUGUUCUUAAUUUGGGGUAUCCGGUUGUGUGUAAUGGUUCGAAAAACGCCGUCUGCUUUCAAUGAAAGUCGGUUUAUUUCUAUAGCCAUAUAUAAUGAGUUUAUCAUGUCCGUAUUUCUCAAUGUUUCCAUGAUAUUUUUAAAAUACCCAGCUAAUCCAGAUUUACAAUACGUCAUAUUUUUUUGUCACGCUCAACUUACAGCAACCGUAUUACUGGGACUUUUAUUUGGCAGUAAGGCUUUGAUAAUAUACAAAGGAGAACACAAGGUGGAAGAGACGUCUUCUCAUAAAAUAACUACACAAAAGCUGAAGUUCAAUAGUAAACAAAAACAUUCUGAUCCGUCGUAUGAAAGUAUAAGUGACAACAAAGAAAGCGCAGAACUCCAGGAAAUUCGAAUCUUAAGAACCACCAUAGAAAACCUUAUAGAAGAGUUUCUCAAGUGUGGACCAGCAUAUUCUGACUAUGUAUUAAAACUACAGGCUAUGUUGGAAGUGAUGAAGAACUCUAAGCUGGGUGAAAGUGAAGAAUUACAGCAGAAAUUGGCAUUGAGCAAUGGCUGCGUUAUCAAAGUGGAUAGUAAUAAAGAUGAUUCAUGUACAAAAAAAAAUUAGGUUACAUUUUAAAUUUAUUGAGAUGGUAAUUAUUUUAACUAUGUCAUUGAAGUUAAAUAGUAGCUCAAUACAUCGGAUAGUGAUUUUCCGUCUUUGUACCUGUGAAAUAUUUUCAUUGUGAUCUUAAGUUUUUAAUUUUUACUAAGCAGCAUUUUAUUUCACUAGUUAGUUAUUUCAUAUUUUAAUAUUUAUUAGAUUUUUGUAGUUUUAAUGAUGGCAAUUGACCUGCUGCAGGUAGCAAAGGAUAAUAUUAUGUGAACAAUUCACGUAUAUGAAGAUAUAUAUUUAUUUUUGUGACCAGGUGCAGUAUAAUAAAAAAAAAUACUUGAAAUAAUAGAUUAAAGUUUAGUCAUAACACAUUACAUAUUAUAUACUCUGUUCAGCGAGAGAACGCACCGCAUCCACACAGGUUCCCACAGGUUCCCACGUCACCCUGCUAUCGAAAACGGUUUCCCUUUGGCAGGGUUCACGUAGGGAUGCGUAGAAGAACCGAUUUUAGUCGGCCCGUGGUGUGUUCUCUGUACAGAGUAUAUAUUAUGAGUAUUGAAUUUUAGUAAAGAACCUACCUAUUUAAUGCAAUAAAUGAUAGUACGGUGAAAAUCGUUCAAUAAAAACAAUUUAUUCGAUAAUUAAAAUAUACCUAGUAUUAUUUAGCGUUGUUUUGUUUCAUACCAGGAAAUUUGUGUUAUUUUAAUGUUAUAUAUUAUUGUUAUUAAUUUAUAAAACACUACCUUUUUCUAGUAUCUACUUAUACUUUUUUAUAAUAAUAGCUGUUUUUCUUUGUUAUUUAAUUAAUUUACAGUUAGACGUUUAUUUAUUUGACUUAUAUUAAUAUGAAAUAAAUACGUAUACUUUUCUUCUAAAAUAUAAAUCUUAAAAAAUGACAAUAUAAUAUAUGUAUAAUAUAUUGUAUUAUACUAAUUUGUAGUCGUAAGAUGCAACUUAAUGCCUGCAUUGGCAUAAUGACACUUUUGUAAGUUAGGAAUUGAAUAUUAUUAUUUUAAUUUUGAUUUACAAAUUUGUAUAAUUUGUCAGCAACAAAUACAUAAAGUUAAUUAAUUGGAAAAAAAUCGUAUAUUAAUAUUCACAAUAUUAAAAGUGAUUCUCUUACAUAUUACUUUAUCACUGUCUUAAACAUCUUGAUAAUAUAGAUACAGAUUUCUUACAAAUUUAAUGUUUUAUUUAUUAUAGGUAUAAUAUCUAUAACACAUUAAAUCAUAAAAUUGGUAAAAUUAUUAUUAAUUUACUUUAAAAGUUCAAAAGUAACCAACAGAUAGUUUCAAAAUGAUAUAACAAAAUACAGCGCUGUUUAGUUUUUAAGUUAAUUUCUAAAUAGUUCAUGAUACGCUUAACGAAAUUCCAAAUGUGUACAAUGAACCAGUGGUUUUCCAUGUAAUAAUUCUCAAAUUCAGGUAAUCAUUUUAGUGUACAUUUUAAUAUUAUUAAUUAGUGUCACGAUAAUUUUAAAUAAACUUCUACUUAUAUGACUAAUUUUAAUACAACAUAAAUAGUAUAUAGGUAGUAGGUACCUAUAUUUUGUUUGAUUACUACUGGUGCGAUCAUUUAUACUGAAAUUGAAAACCAAUAUUAAAUAUGUAUGAUAGAUUGCCUUUUUUUUUUUUUAUAGAUUCCAUUAAAAUAUUUGACCAACUACUGAUCUUUUAAGUGUUCUAAAAUGCUUUUAUAAACAGUAUUUUAUAUAAAUUAUAAUCGAUAAUUUAAUAUCAUAAAUUAUAACGUAAAGUAUACCUAUAUUUCUUACUUGUAUUUUGGCAAGUUAUACGUACUAUAUAAUUUCCGUAAUAAAUUAGUAUAUUUUAUUAAUUUUUGAUGUACAUUUUAAUCAAAUUGUGUUUACAUAUCCUUAAAAAUUCGUCUCUUUCUUUUACAACCUUGUUAUCGUGACAUAGUGACGCAUUAUAAUAUCAUAAACAAAUAUUUUUCAUUUGAAACUUUUUUUAAAAUCCAUAAUACAUUUUUCAUUACAAAAUUAUACACAAUGCGACUCAAGUUCAACCGAUAUAUUAUUUAAAAAUGUAGAUGGGUCGCUAAAAAAUAUAACAAUAUAGGUUUAUCAUUUACACACGUACCUAUAUAUACUAUAACAAUAACACGUCAUAGUAUAGUCCCCUAAAACGAUUAAAGACUACUGAACAAUGAGAGACAUUAUUUCAUUGUGAAUUUGAUGAGUGGUUUUGCUGAUUUUCCGUAAUAUUUGUCCCACAAAUUCAACACACACGCACAUACAUACCUCUUACGGUAUUUACGCUAGCCUUAUUCGAAAUUAAUCUGAGCACUGCGCCACGCAUAAAAUGUAGCUCGAUAAUAUGACACGGAUCCGGAACAAUGACAGUAAUUCUAGUCCAGAAUUUUUUAUUUUUUAUUUUUGAGAGGGGAGGGAUAAUAAUUGAUUAGAAAUUUAUUAUCAGAAAAUAAUUUGCCGAAAGAAAACUUCACCAGGGUGACGAUUUCGUGACGAUGGAAUAAUCGUAAUAAUAAUAAUAAUAAUAAUAAUAAUAAUAUAAUAUUAUGGUCAACAGCCUGGCUUAUGGUAUUUGGUCUCCGCGUGCGUCGAGCGCAUUACGCCCCUGAUGGAUCGUCAUCGCGCGAUUUGUGAGAGUUGUUCGUAUAAUAAUUUGACGGCACCGUGGAAACGUCGCCAUAACACGAUUCACGCAAAAGGCCCGUUAGUUUUAAGUAUGAAUAAACGUCUUAAAUGUAAUUUAUAACAAAACACAUUGCUCGUUAUUAUAAUACGAUACCUAAUAUCAUUGUCACACGGUUUUUCUAUUUUUUAUUUUUUUUUUUGUUUUACGCGUUUUCCCGGACACAAAUGACGUCAUAAUAAAACUCGACGUGUUUGCGACGUCGCUGUAAUUAACACGCGAUCGUUCGUCCAGACGUCGGUCGGUUUGAUUGAAAAUAAAACUGCAUCGGACGCGUGGAGAAAUCACAACAACGUGUCAGUGUCAAUUUUCCCCUCUAUAUUUCCUCCGGCGGUAAUCUAUUUUCGGUCAGUGGCAAUACGGUCUCUGAUGUAUUAUACAUGUGCGUAUUAUUAUUAUAUGUAGGUAUAUAAUAUUGAAUCAUGAUAGACGGGCGUGUCGAGUACCCACCUACAACUACGAUCGAAUAAUUGACUUUGGUUGUAUCCCAUAAUAUUUAUUACUUACCUAUAUUUCCCCGAUACUACUCUGAUUAUCCUCAAAAUUCGAAAUUUCCCACAGACAUUUCAAGAUAGUGGUUUGCUUAUUUUGAUGAUUUCCAAUAUUAUUUGGUACAUUUUUUUAUCAUUUCAUUAGUUUUUAUCCCAUUUUUUUUCGUAAAUUCCAUUAACUUCUUGCCCCGCUCUUAGGGUUAACGAUGUUAUGUAACAGCAUCAAACCCAGUCCAAAUAUCAUAUUCAGAAACAGCUGUACUAAAUAAACUGAAUAACUAUUAUAAUAAUAAAGAUAAAGUUUAACGUUUUAUAUUCAUUUUUAAAAUACUAUUGCUCUAAGGUAUUCAAAAUUCAUAUAUAUAAUAAUCUAUUUUUGUAUUAUGAGGUUAGCGUGUUUAAAUGUGGUGAUCGAUUAUCAAAGAUUAUGUUAUGCAAAAAUUUUGAAACACAAUUUGAAUUCUAAAUAUUGUCAGUCCUUAGGUACAUGAAGUAUUUAAUACUCUUCUAUUACAAAUAAUAUGAUAAUGUUAUUGAAUUAAAUUAUUUCAACGCAAUCACAAUAAUUCUUUAAUAUCCUACAGCCAUUGUUUUUCACCGAUAAAACUUUCGUCGCCCGACGUAGAAUAUAUAUAUUAUAUUUUAUUAAAUCGACGUUUUGCCAAUAAGCCACUAAACAUGUAAAACAUGUUCCUGCAGAUACCCAUUCAAAUGAACAAUACAUUAAUAUUAUGUGUUAUCAGUUGUAGACGUCGUUCUGUUUCAAAUAAUAUAAUACUGACCAAUAAUGACGAAAUUAGUUAUUGUCCCAUUGGUUUUCGUUGUUUCUCUAACAUUCGUUCUUUUGUUUGUUCGGGGUCUAUAGACUAUCUGGACAUUUCGCGAGCAUUCAAACCGAACCCUCAGUAGGUACAAAAAGAAAAGGGAAAAAAAGAAUUACCAAACAAAAAAAAAAAAACAAAAAUCGACAAUAGUUUUAUAUUUUAUUUUUCGGAUUUUUACUUUGUAGUAGGUGACAUUUCACGCUCGAGAUACUACUUAAGUACCGUAUUCGAGAUAGAAAAUUGAAAAAAAAA